CUGGGACCAGCGCCCAGGGCCCGUUAGUCCAAGCUGGAGCUUCAGGGGAAGCCUUCCCGGGGAGAUUGACCCUGCCUUCCCCUCCCUCGGGCCCAGGCCUCGCUUUGCUCCCCGCCAGCCCAUGGUCCCGGUCCUUCCUUGGCGCAGACACCCUCCCCCCUUAUCCCUUGGGCUCUCUUUUCCGCAACUCCCAUCAGCCGGGAGGCGCCCCCAGGCUUUUGUACCGGCCCCCUCCUCCCCGCACCCCAUCCCAGCCGCAGAUCCCCUGGACCUUCUCAGCUUGGGAGCCAGCAAGCUACUUGGCCGGCCAGCGCUGCCCCCAUCCCACACACAGGCCCCCUCGGAGUCUCCCUCCUCCUGCCCCCCUGCUCACGUGUGCCUGGUCCUCAGCCCUGGCCCGAGGCUGCUAGACCCACCCCUUACCCAGUCCCGAGGCCCCCUCCCACUACACCCUCCUCUCCCCGCGCGGCCCCACCACCUUCUGUGCCCCCACCCACUUAACCUGGCCUUACUUUUCUUCCUGACCUGCGUUCCCAGGUGCCAGGCUGGGCGGUGCUUGGGUUUCCCCCGUAGGCCACACUGGCCCCAGGGCCUGGGGGAGGUGGGGUCACUGCUGUGUCCCCAUGGCACUGCCCUCCCUCCUGCUGUUAGUGGCAGCCCUGGCAGGUGGGGUGCGCCCUCCCGGGGCCCGGAACCUGACGCUGGCGGUGGUGCUGCCCGAGCACAACCUGAGCUAUGCCUGGGCCUGGCCGCGGGUGGGCCCUGCCGUGGCCUUAGCUGUGGAGGCCCUGGGCCGGGUCCUGCCCGUGGACCUGCGCUUUGUCAGCUCCGAACUGGAUGGCGCCUGCUCCGAGUACCUGGCACCGCUGCGGGCCGUGGACCUCAAGCUGUACCAUGACCCGGAUCUCCUCUUGGGCCCCGGGUGCGUGUACCCAGCCGCCUCAGUGGCCCGUUUUGCCUCCCACUGGCACCUUCCCCUGCUGACCGCGGGCGCCGUGGCCUCUGGCUUCGCCGCUAAGAACGAGCAUUAUCGCACGCUGGUUCGCAUGGGCCCCUCGGCGCCCAAGCUGGGUGAGUUUGUCGUGACCCUGCACGGGCACUUCAACUGGACUGCGCGCGCCGCCCUGCUGUACCUGGAUGCGCGCACCGAUGACCGGCCUCACUACUUCACCAUCGAGGGCGUCUUUGAGGCCCUUCAGGGCAGCAACCUCAGCGUGCAGCACCAGGUGUAUGCCCGGGAGCCGGGGGGCCCUGAGCAAGCCACCCACUUCAUCCGGGCCAACGGGCGCAUUGUGUAUAUCUGCGGCCCUCUGGAGAUGCUGCAUGAGAUACUGCUUCAGGCCCAGAGGGAGAACCUGACCAAUGGGGACUAUGUCUUCUUUUACCUGGACGUCUUUGGGGAGAGUCUCCGUGCGGGCCCCACGCGCUCCACAGGCCGGCCAUGGCAGGACAACCGCACCCGGGAGCAGGCCCAGGCCCUCAGAGAGGCCUUCCAGACGGUGUUGGUGAUCACAUACCGAGAGCCCCCCAAUCCCGAGUACCAGGACUUCCAGCAUCGUCUGCUGCUGAGAGCCCGGGAGGACUUUGGUGUGGAAUUAACCCCCUCCCUGAUGAACCUCAUUGCUGGCUGCUUCUAUGAUGGGAUCCUGCUGUAUGCCGAAGUCCUGAACGAGACCAUGCAGGAAGGAGGCACCCGUGAAGACGGUCUGCGGAUCGUGGAGAAGAUGCAGGGGAGAAGAUACCGCGGUGUAACUGGCCUGGUUGUUAUGGACAAGAACAAUGACCGGGAGACGGAUUUUGUCCUAUGGGCCAUGGGAGACCUGGAUUCCGGGGACUUUCAGCCUGCAGCCCACUACUCGGGAGCCGAGAAGCAGAUCUGGUGGACAGGGCGGCCUAUUCCAUGGGUGAAGGGGGCGCCCCCGCUGGACAAUCCCCCGUGUGCCUUUGACUUGGACGACCCGUCCUGUGAUAAAACUCCACUCUCCACUCUGGCAAUAGUGGCUCUGGGCACAGGCAUCACUUUCAUCAUGUUUGGGGUGUCCAGCUUCCUCAUUUUCCGAAAGCUGAUGCUGGAGAAGGAGCUGGCGAGCAUGCUGUGGCGGAUUCGCUGGGAGGAACUACAGUUUGGCAAUUCCGAGCGUUGUCAUAAAGGUGCAGGCAGUCGUCUCACGCUGUCGCUGCGGGGAUCCAGUUACGGCUCGCUCAUGACAGCCCAUGGGAAAUACCAGAUCUUUGCCAACACCGGUCACUUCAAGGGAAAUGUUGUUGCCAUCAAACAUGUGAAUAAGAAGCGCAUCGAGCUGACCCGGCAGGUUCUGUUUGAACUCAAACAUAUGAGAGAUGUUCAGUUCAACCACCUCACUCGCUUUAUUGGGGCCUGCAUAGACCCGCCCAACAUUUGCAUCGUCACUGAGUAUUGUCCUCGAGGCAGCUUGCAGGAUAUUCUGGAGAACGACAGUAUCAACUUGGACUGGAUGUUCCGUUAUUCACUCAUCAAUGACCUUGUGAAGGGCAUGGCCUUUCUCCACAACAGCAUCAUUGCGUCCCACGGGAGUCUCAAGUCCUCCAACUGUGUGGUGGAUAGUCGCUUUGUGCUCAAAAUCACAGACUACGGUCUGGCCAGCUUCCGAUCUACGGCUGAGCCUGAGGACAGCCACGCCCUCUAUGCCAAGAAGCUGUGGACUGCCCCAGAACUGCUCCGUGGGAACACCUUGCCAACCGCAGGCAUGCAAAAGGCCGACGUCUACAGCUUUGGGAUCAUCCUACAGGAGAUAGCCCUUCGCAGCGGCCCUUUCUACCUGGAGGGCCUGGACCUCAGCCCCAAAGAGAUUGUCCAGAAGGUCCGAAAUGGUCAGCGGCCAUUUUUCCGGCCAAGCAUUGACCGGACCCAACUGAAUGAAGAGCUAGUUUUGCUGAUGGAGAGAUGUUGGGCCCAGGACCCAGCUGAGCGGCCAGACUUCGGACAGAUUAAGGGCUUCAUUCGUCGCUUUAACAAGGAGGGUGGCACCAGCAUCCUGGACAACCUCCUGCUGCGCAUGGAGCAGUACGCCAAUAACCUGGAGAAGCUGGUGGAGGAACGCACACAGGCCUACCUGGAGGAGAAACGCAAGGCUGAGGCUCUGCUCUACCAAAUUCUCCCCCAUUCCGUGGCAGAGCAGUUAAAGCGGGGAGAGACUGUACAGGCUGAGGCCUUUGACAGUGUCACCAUCUACUUCAGUGACAUCGUGGGCUUCACGGCCUUGUCAGCAGAGAGCACCCCCAUGCAGGUGGUGACACUUCUUAAUGACCUCUACACCUGCUUCGAUGCCAUAAUUGACAACUUCGACGUCUACAAGGUAGAGACCAUUGGAGAUGCCUACAUGGUGGUCUCUGGCCUCCCAGGCCGCAACGGUCAACGCCAUGCUCCGGAAAUUGCCCGUAUGGCCCUAGCGCUCCUGGAUGCGGUUUCUUCCUUCCGCAUCCGCCACCGGCCCCACGACCAGCUGAGGCUACGCAUAGGCGUCCAUACUGGGCCUGUCUGCGCCGGGGUCGUCGGCCUGAAGAUGCCCCGCUAUUGCCUUUUUGGAGACACGGUGAACACUGCUUCCCGAAUGGAGUCCAACGGAGAAGCCCUGAAGAUCCAUGUCUCCUCUACCACCAAGGAUGCCCUGGACGAGCUCGGUUGCUUCCAGCUGGAGCUUCGGGGGGAUGUGGAGAUGAAGGGAAAGGGAAAGAUGCGAACGUACUGGCUCCUAGGCGAGCAGAAAGGACCUGCUGGACUCUUAUAAACCUCCUUCAUCCCAAGGCCAACAGUCUCCUGUGGCUGGUACCCGGGCGGGUGGGCGGACGGGCAGCGGCUGCCAUCUCUCCGCACAGCAAAGACGAACAUGGUCAUGGGAUGGAAACCGACGUGCACAAAAACCCUGCCUUAGUGUGGAGGUUGUUGCCCUCCGCACCUCAGCCUUGUACAUACUCACGCCCUUCUUUCUUGUGCCUCUACCCCCCCCCUUCUGUAAAUAUUUGUAUCUAAACCAGAAUAUUUUGGUCAAAUAUAAAACAAACAAAAUCA